AUGCCGUCUCUACCAUCACAUGUUAGACGUAAACAUCAGAAUGAAAGAUUCGACUUUCAUUUGAACGACAACACUGAUAUCCCCACAAAUAUUCCUGAACGUGACCCACCGAACGAAAGAUCUACCAGCAUCAAGGAAAAGACAGCUGAGGAAUUUUCUUUGAGACAUUUUGCUCUAUUUACUUUAAAGACACAAGAAAUCAACCGACUAACCGAUGCCACCACUAACAAGGUUUUUAUUGAUUUAUUUUUACUGUAAUACAUAAUCAUAACAACACCUCAACACACAUUAACACAAAAAGGCAGGGACCACUGUGACAACAGUUUAACACCAAUUGUUUUUAAUACUGUGGGUGCUAUUAAGCCUGUAAACCUUCUCUUUUUUAUCUAAGGUUAUCGACAAUACAUCAGAACUACUUGAGCAACACAAAGCUCACAUGAAGGAUGAGGAUGUUGAUGGACUAGAAGACAUCAUAAACUUGCCACAAACUCCUUCUAUGGACUUCUUAAGGACCACCAAGAGUAGGAAUAAUUAUCUUUACUUUAGGGGGGAAUACCUCUCAAACAUGCACUGGCUAGGACCAUGGCAUCAGCAUAUUCAAAUCUAUCAUGAACUCAAGGUUCCAAUGUAUGCACUAAUCUCAUACCAAGACACUCAAUGUUUCACUCCUGCCUUGCUUGACUUGAGACUUUGGCAUUGGCUGGUCAGGUGGCUCGUCAUAUUUUGGCAGAUUUUCUAAUUUGUUUCAGGAAAAAGAUUGUAGUAAACAUUAAUAUUGCUAAAAUAACACCACACAAAACAAAAUAUCUCAGUUAUACUAUAGCUUUACAAAUAAGCAAAUUCACCAAAAUGUGACCGGCCAAUAGUUUACACCAUUUAAAGGUAGUCAUAUAAUGAAAUAUUUUCUACUUUACACCGGCUUUUCAAAUGUAUGAAGCAGGGGGCUUCUGAAGAUUUAUAAAGUACAUUAACAGUAAACAAAACUUUUAAAGUGGAUUUUCUCUUUUUGGCAAUUUGACCUGUGCCAGCGAUUUUUGUGACACUGUAAUUUUGUAAAUAUACAGUAUAAUGUAGAAGAUUGAUAUUUGGCAUAGUUACUAUAGUUACUAUAACAUGAUCUAGUGGCUGACGCUCUCCAAAUUUCAAUAUUUUUCAUCAUUGAUGAAUUAUUCACCAAUUAAUGCUAAUUAUUCAUGCUAUACAAAACUACAAGGAAGUUCAUGUUGGCUUUUGAACAGGUGUAUUUCACAAGGUUGAAAUUUUGCUCAAUGAUAUGCAGAUAAGCAAAGAAAUUUGA